GGGGGGAACUCUGUGGUCAGGGAGCCGCUCUGAGCACAGCUGCGCAGUGCUGCCGGAGCGUCCGAUCCCCGGUUCCCCGCCCUCCAGCCCCCUGUCCAAGAUGGUCCCAGCAGUGGUCUUGCUCCUGCUCCUUUUGGUUGAACAAGCAGCCGCCCUGGGAGAGCCUCAGCUCUGCUACAUCCUGGAUGCCAUCCUGUUUCUGUACGGUAUUGUCCUCACCCUGCUCUACUGUCGACUCAAGAUCCAGGUGCGAAAGGCAGCUGUAACCAGCUACGAGAAACCAGAUGGCAUUUACACAGGCCUGAGCACCCGGAACCAGGAGACUUACGAGACCCUGAAGCAUGAGAAACCCCCCCAGUAACCCUAGAAGACUUCCUGCCCCUCCGGGGUCUCCUCCUCUGCCACAGACGUGCCCAGAUGCUAAUCGUUAAUGUUUAUAUUCUAAUCUCGCCGCCUUUCCCCACCGUCCUCUUUCCCAUCUCCAUGUCCCCCCCGCCCCCCCCCCCGUGGAAACGGAGUACCCAAUAAAGCCCCACGGGCUGGACUC